CGGACCGGGGCAGGUGGCGGUGGGGUCACCUUCGGGUUCCCGUAGGGAACCGGCACCGUGCCGGCUGCCCCUGGCGGGAAUAGAAGCCCGGCUGGAAGGCAAGGGAGCCUCACGUGUGCGAAGUUGUGUGAAAGUCAAACGUGCCACCUCAUGGAGGUGAAAGAAAAGCUGGAGGUGAUCCAUCAACGCAGGGCUUAAUAACGGGAGGCAGUGACAUCCCGAGGCGUGUUUCACAGCUGACAGGGUCCUUAAGAUACCCCUAGGGGUGUCGUAAUGGCUCAUUUACAUGGAAAAGGCUCCUCGACACCGUAUGCAAAACUGUGAAAUACAAUUUAUUUCUGACAAUUUCAUUUCUGUACCUUAUAUUGGAGGGGGUUUAAUUAUUGCCUUUUUAUUGGUACAAUGCAUUAAGCAUGAAAGCAGGAACUUCCUUGCUGAAGGAUUCAGCUGCUCUGCCUGUUUAUUUGCUACCUAAAGUUCCUAUCUUCUGUUUGUGGCAUACAGCUGGUGGGUAUGGCAAUAGAUGUGAUGUCACAAACUGCAAAUUAUACCUUCAGGUAGAAAUAAGAUGUAAGAACAGAUGGACUUGCAUCUUGCUUUCAGUAAAAUGUUCUUUUAGUAAUUGAGAAAGCAAAGGAAAAAAUAAUGAAAAAGGUGUAUUUUGUGUGUUAAUAAAAUGUCAUUGCACCUUUCACUUUUCAAUAAAUUAAAUUUUACAGAAACGUACAAUAAGCAGAAAUGGUUUAAUUAAAACACAUUGCAAAAAGUUAUUUUUGAAGGUGACGGAGGAUAUAAGAGAUGUCUGUACAAACGAGAUUGGUCCUCCAGGAAAAAGCCCCAAAGUUUCUAGAAUUCCAGUGAGGCAGGGGGAGGAGGGCAGCUUUCUUUUGGGAAGUGUGUGUUCGUUUGGCUGCAGUGAAGGGUCCAGGAUUUUCUCUUGAGUUUGAUUGUAGAUUCAAAGGAGUCCUGGUCAGUCAGCUACCCGUUCUGAGAGGGGAAAGAGCUGGGGUGCUGCUCUGACAGGCAUUGACAGAAUAUGUCUCAGCUUUUCUGCCUCACAGUUACCUAGGCCUUGUAAAGAAAUAAAAGGAAAUAAUAAAGUUUGGCUAAGGUUUGUGUACAGAGGUCUCUUGUGUUAUAUUAUCUUAUUUCGCUGAUUGUGUUCUUGUGAACUGUUUUUGAAAGACUUGACCUGUGUCACCACGUGUUUUUUGGUUACAAGGCUUCCAAGAGAAAAAGCAGAAGCCAGACUGACCCUGUUAAAGCUUCGCAAUGAGAAGUAGGAAAGUUUCUCAAUCAAGUCUAGGAGUGGGAGGAUUAGAGGACUCCAUCUUGAUGGGGGUUCAGCAGUCAUGGCGCGAAGGGCUUUGAAACUUGCCUCAUUGACAGCAGCUGCUUCUGGCAUCUAUAUGUAUGGAAACAAAUUCCUGGAUCCUAAUGAUUUUGGAAUUGUUCGUGUGGGCCGAGCCAUUGCCACAACAGCAGUUAUCACCUAUGACUACCUCACCUCUCUUCGAAGUGUCCCAUAUGGAACAGAGGAGUAUGAAUUCCUCAAAUCACAGGUGCACUUGCGCUCUGCUGAGCGCCUCCGGGAGUUGUGCUGCUCCAACCGAGGCACCUUCAUCAAGGUGGGACAGCAUCUGGGAGCGCUUGACUACCUGCUGCCUGAGGAGUACACCCGCACCCUCAAAGUGCUGCACAGCCAGGCCCCACAGAGCACCAGACAGGAGAUUGAGCAAGUUAUCCGUGAAGAUCUGGGCAAAGAGAUAAAAGAGCUAUUCAUGAGUUUUGAGGACACUCCCUUGGGAGCAGCAUCACUAGCCCAGGUGCAUAAAGCGGUGCUUCAGGAUGGGAGAACGGUGGCAGUGAAAAUCCAGCACCCAAAGGUCCAAGCUCAGAGCUCCAAGGAUAUUUUACUCAUGGAGGUUCUCCUCUUGGUUGUGAAGCAGAUCUUUCCAGAUUUUGAGUUCAUGUGGCUGGUAGAAGAAGCUAAGAAGAAUCUGCCCUUGGAGUUGGAUUUCCUCCAUGAAGGCAGAAAUGCUGAGAAGGUUGCUUAUAUGCUCAAGAACUUUGACUUCCUGAAGGUCCCCAGGAUCUACUGGGAGCUCUCAACAAGGCGCGUCCUUCUCAUGGAGUUUAUGGAAGGGGGGCAGGUGAAUGACAGGGCCUACAUGGAGAGGAAUGGCAUCAACGUCAAUGAGAUCUCUCGCAACUUGGGGAAGCUCUACAGCGAAAUGAUCUUUGUGAAUGGCUUUGUGCACUGUGACCCACACCCAGGCAACGUGCUAGUGAACAAAUGCCCAACCUCUGGCAAGGCCCACAUUAUCCUCCUGGACCAUGGGCUCUACCAGGUGCUGAGCGAGUCAUUCCGCAUGGACUACUGCCGCCUUUGGCAGGCCCUCAUCAAGGCUGAUAUGAAGAGGGUGCAGAAGUACAGCCAGCGGCUCGGGGCAGGGGAUUUGUACCCUCUCUUCGCCUGCAUGCUGACUGCCAGAUCUUGGGAGUCUGUCAACAGGGGUAUUGACCAGUCACCAGUCUCAGCCAGCGAGGACAUGGAGAUCCGAUCCAAUGCUGCUGCUUACUUACCCCAGAUCACCCAGCUCCUCAACAAUGUCCCUCGCCAGAUGCUGCUGCUGCUGAAGACCAAUGACUUGUUAAGGGGGAUUGAGUCAGCCCUGCACACACGGGCCAGUGCCAGCUCCUUCCUCAACAUGUCUCGCUGCUGCAUCAGAGCCGUUUCCACGUACCAGAGGAGCAAGAGUCUCUCGCUUUACAGGAGGGCCCAGAUCUCACUCACAGAAGCCCUGAGCCUGUGGCAGAUCAACUUGUAUGAACUCUUCCUGUGGCUGAAGGGGUCCCAGCUGGGGAACUGGGUCAUUGCUCUCCUGAGACGGAUGCACCAUUCCACAUACUGACAUGGACUGGUGGGAGAGGCUCGGGUGCUCCCUCCCUCCCUUCUGCUCUCCAUGGCACAUUUGCCUUUCUGACUUUGUCUAUUUUUGGGUCUUACUCCACAUUACACACUGCACUGUCCUUGCAUCCUACAGCAUUAGCUUCCUCUGUGGCGCUGAGAGGUUGAGUUGGUACCAGAGCUCAACUGUUUCAUGUUUUAGGAAAAGGAGGUAUCAUGUGAUACCUUGUGCCAGGAAGGACAGGAUAUUUUAUUUCCCCAUCUGAGCAGGGUAAGUUCCACUCAGAUUCCAGUGGACUGCACUGGAAGCAAAUACCUCUCCUCGGCUCAUUCUUAAACAAUCUUACAGAACUUAAGAGAAUCCCAACCCUACCUAGAAUGCCCCAAAACAUUGCUCAGAUCCUUAGAGGGAGGUGGUAAGUCCCUUUAAAAUGCAAUAGGGUGUAUAUUAGUGUGGGCAAUCUCCUUAGUCUGAUUUCUGUUCAGGUGUGCAGAGUUUCUCAGAGGAGUGAGACCCUGUGGAAAGCUGUCACUAGGGCUUCCUCUCCCAGCACCAGGGAAAGGGGACACAAAUGAUGAGAGUGGUGGACUGGGACUUCGACUUUCUGAGGUCCAUCUCCAGUCCUGUCAGCAAGUGCAUUUGUGUUUUUGGACUUUUCCUGGCUUGUUUCCUUGCAGGUAAAGUGAAGGAAGGGGACAGUGAUCUUACCUCUUUUCUGAAAUUCAGGGAAGACAGUCAGAAUGACAAACCAGGGCUCUGAAACUGCUGGUAAUGUAUGUGUGCUGUACAAUACUGCCACGGAACAAAAUAAAUGUGACCUUUGGGGGAGGGACACCUGGCUGUGCACUCA